ACGGCUACCGUUGUGUGUUGUAUCGUGUUUGUUUUCGUUUACGAAAAUUAAGCAGCAGAAAUGUUACGGAGGCAAGCACGAUUACGUCGAGAAUAUCUGUACAGAAAAUCUGUGCAAGAUAAAGUGAAAUGUAUUCAAGAGAAGAAAGAUAAAUUGAAACACAGUUUGGAAGAAAAUAUACCGAUUCAUCCGGAUCUAAGGAAAAGCGCAUUACAUGUGCAAAGGAAGAUCGAAUGGGAGGAUGCUGGACCGGAGAUGGCAGUGGCCAUGGGUACAGAGAUGGGCGGUACCAUAGCCAACCACGAGGAUGACGAGUAUCGUUGGGCUGGCGUGGAGGAUCCAAAGAUCGUCAUCACAACGUCUCGCGACCCAAGCUCCCGGCUGAAGAUGUUCGUGAAGGAGCUCCGUCUGAUGUUCCCAAACGCACAGCGAAUGAACCGUGGUAACUACGAGAUGAAGCAGCUAAUCCAUGCUUGUCGUGCCAACGAAGUCACUGACUUUAUCAUCGUACAUGAACAUCGAGGUGUUCCUGAUGCUCUGGUGAUAUGCCAUUUGCCUUAUGGACCGACAGCCUACUUUACAUUAUCCGGUGUCAUAAUGCGACAUGAUAUUCCUGAUAUUGGUACAAUGUCAGAACAGUAUCCACAUCUAAUCUUUCAUAAUUUUAAGACGAAACUAGGAAUAAGAGUAAUGAACAUAUUGAAGUACCUGUUUCCUGUACCAAAAGAAGAUAGCAAGAGAGUAAUUAGUUUUGCUAAUCAUGAUGAUUACAUUUGUUUCCGACAUCACACAUACAAGAAGACUCAAGGAAAGAAUAUCGAAUUGACAGAGGUUGGACCACGCUUUCAAAUGAAAUUAUAUGAGAUUAAAUUAGGAACUCUAGAUACUGAAUCUGUCGCUGACACAGAAUGGGCUUUGAGACCUUAUAUGAAUACAACUCACAAAAGGAGAUUUCUGUCUGAUGAUGAUGGUUGGCAACAAGAAGAUAAUUUAAUUUAA